UCUGUGUGUGUGUUUUUGUUGGAUAUAUUCCACUAGUUUAGUGUUUGUUAGCUGGCAUUACAUGCCCUCAGUCUGCGUUGUCGCAAAGCGCCGCUUCAUCCCAUCUAGCUAGCCGAAUUAGCCACCAAGACGGAGUGGGCCAGUCAUUUAUACGAUAAUAGUCUCAGGAUCGAAGAUGACGGACUCUAAAUAUUUCACCACUACAAAGAAAGGAGAGAUCUUUGAACUGAAGGCUGAGCUAAACAGUGAUAAAAAAGAGAAGAAAAAGGAGGCAGUGAAGAAGGUCAUUGCCUCCAUGACAGUGGGCAAAGAUGUCAGUGCCCUGUUUCCUGAUGUCGUGAACUGCAUGCAGACUGAUAACCUGGAGCUGAAGAAACUGGUAUACCUGUACCUCAUGAACUACGCAAAGAGCCAGCCUGAUAUGGCCAUCAUGGCUGUCAACACCUUUGUCAAGGACUGCGAGGACCCGAACCCCCUCAUCCGUGCGCUGGCAGUGCGGACCAUGGGCUGCAUUCGCGUGGAUAAAAUCACAGAGUACCUGUGUGAGCCUCUCCGCAAAUGUCUGAAGGAUGAAGACCCGUAUGUGAGGAAGACUGCAGCAGUGUGUGUGGCGAAACUCCACGACAUCAACGCCCAGCUGGUGGAGGACCAGGGCUUUCUGGACACCCUCAAGGACCUGAUAUCUGACUCCAACCCCAUGGUGGUAGCCAAUGCCGUAGCUGCUCUCUCCGAGAUAUCCGAGUCCCAUCCCAACUGCAACCUGCUGGACCUGAACCCCCAGUCCAUCAACAAGCUGCUCACGGCCCUGAACGAGUGCACAGAAUGGGGCCAGAUCUUCAUCCUGGACUGCCUGGCCAAUUACACACCCCGUGAUGACCGCGAGUCGCAAAGUAUCUGUGAACGCGUGACCCCACGCCUCUCACACGCCAACUCGGCCGUGGUGCUGUCCGCUGUGAAGGUACUCAUGAAGUUUAUGGAGAUGCUGCCCAAAGACCUGGACUACUAUGGCACACUGCUGAAGAAGCUGGCCCCGCCCCUCGUCACGCUGCUCUCUGCUGAGCCCGAGCUGCAGUACGUGGCGCUGAGGAACAUCAAUCUCAUCGUGCAGAAACGGCCUGAGAUCCUGAAGCAUGAGAUGAAGGUUUUUUUUGUGAAGUAUAAUGACCCCAUUUACGUCAAGCUGGAAAAACUGGACAUCAUGAUCCGUCUGGCUUCCCAAGCCAACAUCGCCCAGGUGCUGGCUGAGCUGAAGGAGUAUGCCACUGAGGUGGAUGUGGAUUUCGUCCGCAAGGCCGUCCGUGCUAUUGGCCGCUGUGCCAUCAAAGUGGAGCAAUCAGCCGAGCGCUGUGUCAGCACUCUGUUGGAUCUCAUUCAGACAAAGGUCAACUAUGUGGUACAGGAAGCCAUUGUGGUCAUCAAGGACAUUUUCCGCAAAUACCCGAACAAGUAUGAGAGCGUGAUCGCCACCUUGUGUGAGAACCUGGACUCUCUGGAUGAGCCAGAGGCCCGUGCAGCCAUGAUCUGGAUCGUGGGCGAGUACGCAGAGAGGAUCGACAAUGCUGACGAACUUCUAGAGAGCUUCCUGGAGGGUUUCCAUGAUGAGAGCACACAGGUGCAGCUACAGCUGCUGACGGCCAUAGUCAAGCUGUUCUUGAAGAAACCUACUGAGACCCAGGAGCUUGUUCAGCAGGUGCUCAGCCUGGCCACACAGGACUCCGACAACCCAGAUCUGCGGGACCGCGGCUACAUCUACUGGCGUCUGCUCUCCACUGACCCAGUGGCAGCUAAGGAGGUGGUGCUGGCGGAGAAGCCGCUGAUCUCGGAGGAGACGGACCUGAUCGAGCCCACCCUGCUGGAGGAGCUGAUCUGCCACAUCGGCUCGCUUGCCUCCGUCUACCACAAACCACCCAAUGCCUUUGUGGAGGGUAGCCGUGGGGUCCAGCACAAACGCCUGCCUGCCCGCACGGCCUCCGGUGAGAGUGCUGAAAGCCCAGAUGCUGGCCAGUCGGUGGGAGGUGUCUCUGAUGCUCCGCCCGCUGUCAUUCCAUCUCAGGGUGAUCUCCUAGGUGACCUCCUGAACCUGGACCUGGCUCCGCCCUCUGCUAGUGUGCCCGUGGUUCCUGCCUCGAUGCAGAUGGGGGUAGACCUCUUAGGAGGGGGUCUGGACAGCCUGAUGGGAGAUGAAUCUGAAACGCUCAGUGGAGACAUCGGAGGAAGCCCUGCGAUUGCCGUGGGUCUGGCCGGUGGCACAGGGGGUAUGCCUGCAGGUCUUGGCGGUACCCCUGCCAUGGGAGGUGGUUUGGGCGACCUCUUUGAUCUUGGUGGAGGCGUAGGCAUGGCAACCGGAUCCUACGUCCCGCCCAAAGCAGUGUGGUUACCAGCGAUGAAAGCUAAAGGAUUGGAGAUCUCUGGAACGUUUGCCAGGAGAGGUGGUGGCAUCCACAUGGACCUAUCCCUCACCAACAAUGCCAUGAGCAUCAUGACCGACUUCGCCAUUCAGUUCAACCGCAACAGUUUUGGGCUUGCCCCUGCUGGCCCUCUGCAGGUCCUCACUCCUCUUGCUCAGAAUCAGACCAUUGAUGUGAGCCUGCCCCUUAACACCAAUGGUCCUAUUAUGAAGAUGGAACCUCUCAACAACCUACAGGUGGCUGUGAAGAAUAACAUUGAUGUGUUUUACUUCAGCUGCCAGUACCCCAUCAGCUUGCUGUUUGUGGAGGAUGGGAAGAUGGAUCGGCAGGUGUUCUUGGCCACCUGGAAGGACAUUCCCAGUGAGAACGAGACUCAGUAUCAGAUCAAAGACUUUCACCUCAAUUCAGAUGCUGCCAGUACCAAACUGCAGGGCAGUAACGUGUUCACAGUAGCCAAGCGGACAGUGGACGCCCAAGAUCUGCUGUACCAGUCCAUCAAACUGACCAAUGGCAUCUGGGCGCUGGCAGAACUACGAAUACAGUCCAUCACCCCCAACUAUAUGCUGGCUCUGAAGUGUCGGGCACCCGAGGUCUCUCAGUACAUCUGCCAGUGCUACGAACUGCUCCUGAGGAACUGAAGAGCAGAGAGGAUCCUGGCUGCUUCUCUUCUCCUCCACCCUGAUGCUGCGGGCAGAAGGACUCCGUCUGGACACGUCCUGACUCCACAGGAACCUCUCUCUAUGUCUCCAAGUCUCUUCUUUGCUCCACAUCUUCCUUCAUUUCUCUCUUUCUCUCUCUGUCUCUUCUGUGUCUCCCUCUCUCUCCCUUUCCCUCACAUGCCAAUCUGCGUCCUUCUGGUCAAGCAGGACUACUUUUUACUCGUCCAUCCUCCUCCUCCUCCUCCUCCUUCCUCGCUCUUUGUCAUCCCUCCUCAUCCUCCCUGCGUGACCACAGUCUUCAGUGACUGGUCGUGAUUUCCAAAUACAUUGCGGUUUUGCGCACUGUUGGAGAUUAAACGGACGGUGGUGGGGAAUGUGUUCACAUUUGUGCUACUUAAGUGUGUGUGUGUGUGUGUGUGUGUGUGUGUGUGUGCGUGCGUACGCAUUACACAUUUUCUUUUCAUUUUGACAACACUCAUGUCCUCGUUAAACAUGCAUAGCUCACAUGAGUCUCACCCGUCCUCUGACGACAAACUGUAGGGUGCGACUCUUGGUCCAAGACUACCCAAAAUCCUGUAAUGUUUGGGGUUUUUUCUGACGAAGAUGAAGUAAAUGACCUGUUGAAGUCCCGCCCCUCCCUCCUGAGCUGCCUGUGCAGAGACCACACCCAUCUCUGCCAACCCCUCCCCAUCAAAUUUGUUUGAUUAGAACCAUGCCUGUUUUCUUUGAGCUAAGGCCCUGCUUCUGUCCUGAACAGCUGUGUGUGCAGUGGCUGUGGCCGGAAGACAGGGGCGGGGCUGUCGGAGAGGAAUGAAGAUUGGGGUGGCGUUUUUGAUGCAUUUGAUUGCCUUUGCUUUUUAGGGUGUAGCCUAAGUGCGCUCUCUCCCCCUCUCUCUCGGUGUGCAGUAGUCCCCAUGCUGUCUGUACUGCUGUGCUGGGGAUAUUAUUAAGUUUUAUCCUUCCGAUCAUUUAAUGUGUAUCUGUUAAUUAUAUCAAAUAUGGGCGCGUUUGGUUGGAGGGCAGGUGUUGGGUGCUGAGGUUUAGUGGUUACAGUGCCCCGCUGGUGCAGUUAUCCAGAGCUUCAGCUCUCUCCUCAACUGCCUGCUGUAGGCUUUCAUCUGUUUGCAUGUGUGAGACUGUGCGCGUGUGCCUGUCUGUCUGUUUAACCCUAUGGACUGCUUCACUGAGUGAAAUCUAAAACCUUGUAAACAGGCCUCACUGUAGCUGGAGGCUUGGCUAUACUCUGAGGCGGAGUGAGAAAGCAGCAGAUUAAAUCUUCUCUUUGAUUUUUUUUUUUUUAAUUGCAUUUUAUUCGCUGAACAGCUCGGGAAAGUAUACAUUACAAGUUUUUGUUUGUUUGUUUUGUUUUGUCCCCCCCCCCCCCCCAAUUAAAUCUCUCAUUUGCAGUGGUUGCAUCAGCCUGGAUGUCUGUCUGUCUUUUUUUGUCUUCUAAGGCUACUUUUAGUCUGGCAGCAAAUAAAACUUCCUUCCAUGUAUCCAACGCUUGUCCCUUUUCAGGCCUUUCAAAUACUUCCCAGUUUUUAAUCAUGUUAUUACUCUUCACACAUUUCAUCUGGGCUCAGAUAAAACACUUAGAAAUACAGAGAAGACUAAUUUGUUCAAAUGAGAAAUCUGUGCAACUGCUGAGUCUUUUUUAAUAUUAAAUACCUUCAAUUAAAACUGAUUAAUUUUUAGAAACCAGCCACUUUGACCUUGCUGCCUAAACGUAGGCUUAGAUAAUGAUGUAUCUUUUACUUUGAGCAGUGUUUUUCUGUAUUUCUGUGCAUCCAUGUCUGGGAGUAGGUAGAAAGGUGGAUCUGAUGGAGUGUGUAUUUCAGUUUAUGGACACCAAAACGCUAAAGAUGAGUUAAAAUAUCUGGUAAAAAAAAAAA